UGAAAUCAAUAAUUUUUAGUUUUCAAUACUCGUCAUUAGUCAGCGUGGAAAUUUGGUAAGCAAAUAAUAGUAGAAUUAAAAAUUCUAAAAGUCAACAAAUUGAAUUCUUAAAUACUUUGGUUAACGCCCGACGAAGUUACCUUGAAACUGAAGUUAAUGAUAUCGUUCAGUUCAAUUUGGAUUAUCAUUGUGAGCAGUUCUUAGCAGUUCCAGGAGACGCAAAUCAAAAAUGUUAAAUAAUUAUAAUAAUUACAAUCGAAAGAAGAAGGCUGAGGCAUUAUUUUUGAAUGUUAAACCUGUAAACACCACAGCAGUACGAAAAUAUAGUAAUGCGUUACUGGACCGCAUGGAUAGUGGAUUUGAAGGUAUCGAAAGUCGACGUGGCACUCGACACUCAAUAUCGACUAUUAGUUCAAUGAAUCCACAAUUCACACCAAGCGUUUUCUAUCGUAAUAUUGCACCUGCUCAAUGGUUUUUACGUAUGAUAGGUGUUAUGCCUAUAACAAGGUCAAGACCAGGACAUAAUCAAUUUUUAAUAGCCUCGCUGUCGUUCGGUUAUUCGAUAAUAUUUUUUAUAUUCUUGACGGUUUAUGUGGUAUUUGUUGCAAAUAAUCGAAUUAAUAUUGUAACCUCACUGACGGGUCCAUUUGAGGAAGCUGUUAUUGCCUACUUAUUUUUGGUGAAUAUUUUACCCAUUUUUCUUGUGCCGAUUAUGUGGUGGGAAGCAAAAAAGAUAGCUACUUUGCUUAAUGAUUGGGAUGAUUUUGAGAUACUUUAUUAUCAAAUAUCUGGACAUAGUGUACCACUUAAUUUGAGACGUAAGGCCAUAAUGAUAACUAUUGCACUACCAAUUUUAUCGGUACUUUCAGUGGUUAUUACACACAUAACAAUGGCAGAUUUUGAAUUGGUACAGGUAAUACCUUAUUGUAUUCUGGAUAACUUAACUGCCAUGCUAGGAGCUUGGUGGUAUAUAGUAUGUAAAGCUCUCAGUACUACAGCCAACAUCUUAGCAGAACGUUUUCAAAAGGCACUUCGCCAUAUUGGACCCGCAGCUAUGGUAGCAGAUUAUCGUGCUUUGUGGUUGCGUUUAAGUAAACUAACACGUGAUACCGGAAAUGCCACUUGUUAUACAUUCACUUUCCUCAAUCUUUAUUUAUUUUUCAUAAUUACUCUUUCGAUUUAUGGUCUUAUGUCACAGCUUUCCGAAGGUUUCGGUAUUAAGGAUAUUGGUUUAGCAAUUACCACUAUUUGGAACGUUUGCUUGUUAUUCUAUAUAUGCGAUGAGGCCCAUUAUGCUUCGUUUAAUGUACGCACUAACUUCCAAAAGAAGUUGCUUAUGGUCAAGUUGAACUGGAUGAACUCGGAUGCACAAACUGAAAUUAACAUGUUCCUUCGUGCUACCGAAAUGAAUCCUUCAAAUAUUAAUUGUGGUGGAUUCUUUGAUGUUAAUCGGAAUUUAUUCAAAGGGCUCCUUACAACAAUGGUCACAUACUUGGUUGUAUUGUUACAGUUCCAGAUAAGUAUUCCAACUGAUAACAGAGUUCAUAAUAUGAAUAAUACUAUGUCCGAUAUAAUGAGCAAUAUGGCUAUGGAGGAAAGCGCUGAAAAUGAUAUGACAACCAUUAUGGCUACGACUACUACAACUAUGAUGGCUGUUAAAGCGAGGAAGGGUUAA